UUCCAAAACGCACUUCGAAUUCAUUUUUCUGUCCGACUCAAAGUUGGUUAAUUUGGUUCGGGAACUAACGUUCUCCAUCGGCUCAACAACACCGCGGGUUUCCUAGCUAUUCAUUCCUUUUUCCAGUCUUUUUGACCGGUUGUUGUUGUGAUUGUACUGGUUUAUCUCUCUCUUGUGAGCAGAGAAGGAGUGACCGUGGCUGGGCAGUUUUGGGUGGUCUUAAGAUGUUAGAGCGUGGACGGGAAUCUGACAGCGAGCUGAGUUCGGAGGCUUUGAAUUCUGGGUAUAGUUCGAUGAGCAGCGAUAGUUGCAGCAGCUUCAGCCGCCUCUCCUUCGAGCUGAUCGUCCCGACUUCGCAUUCCUCCCCUGAUAACCUCUCCGUGAAGCCUCACCGUUCCUCCGACUUCGCCUACUCAGCCAUCCGCUCUGCCACAGGUCGCCGCAGGAAUGGCUGCCUCACGUUCCGCGAUUUCCGUCUCAUCCGUCGCAUCGGUGCCGGAGACAUCGGUACCGUCUACCUUUGCGCCCUCCGCGAUUGUGACUAUUCCGGCGACGAGGAGCCGUGCUUCUACGCGAUGAAGGUGGUUGACAAGGAGGCGUUGGCGAAGAAGAAGAAAGUGCAGAGGGCGGAGAUGGAGAGGAAGAUUCUUAAGAUGCUAGACCAUCCGUUCUUACCGACGCUUUACGCGGAGUUUGAGGCCUCGCAUUUCUCUUGCAUUGUGAUGGAGUUCUGCUCCGGCGGUGACUUGCACUCAUUAAGGCACAAGCAGCCAUAUAAGUGUUUCUCUCUCACCUCCGCGAGGUUUUAUGCAGCCGAGGUUCUUGUGGCAUUGGAAUACCUCCACAUGCUCGGAAUAGUCUACCGGGACCUAAAGCCCGAGAACGUUUUAGUCAGAUCCGACGGUCACAUCAUGCUCUCCGACUUUGACCUCUCUCUCUGCUCCGAUGCGAUCGCAGCCGUCGAAUCCCCAUCGUCCUCCCCGGGUCCAUCGACCCCACGGACACCGUCAUACAACCGCGCCGUGCACACGACCUUCUCCUGCUUCUCCAACAGGCUGUUUCGGUCACGCAAGGUGCAAACCCUAACCUCCAACCGGCUUUUCGUGGCUGAGCCAGUAGACGCCCGGUCGUGCUCCUUCGUCGGCACCCACGAAUACGUGGCGCCGGAGGUCGCGUCCGGUGGAUCGCACGGGAACGCGGUUGAUUGGUGGGCAUUCGGGAUCUUCAUCUACGAGAUGAUCUACGGCCGCACGCCCUUCGCGGCUCCAUCGAACGAGGCCACCCUGCGCAGCAUCAUAAAAGAGCCCCUCAGCUUUCCGACCUCCACGCCCUCCGGCGCGCUCGAGCUCCACGCGCGGGACCUCAUAUCCGGGUUGCUGAACAAAGACCCGGUUCAACGCCUCGGAUCGAAGCGCGGAGCCGCCGACGUGAAAAAACACCCUUUCUUCAAGAAUCUGAACUUCGCUCUCAUACGGUCUCUCCCACCGCCAGAGAUCCCGCACCUGAGAAGGAUGAAAACGACGCCGUUGUGUCGCGCGAGGAGCGAUGCAACACAAUCCACGGCGUUCGAGUAUUUCUGAACCAACGGACGGGAAUGACGCCACGUGUUGAGUAGGUGCUGCCAGAUUUUGUUACUGGCAGGUGACAGCGACAUGUAUAUUCGAGCUGUCUUUUUUUUAUUUUCGUAUGCCUUUCUCUCUCUUGACGUAUGGAUACCGGGCUUUUGAUAUAGUGUCUGAAGACUGAAGGAUAUAUUAAUAUAAAUACAUAAUAUUUUCCACGUAAAA